AUGUGGGACGCGUUGGUACCUCGGCUGAGUUUUGGUGUGCUCGCACCAUUUUCUGCAUAUAUUGAACAUAUCGAGCAUGAACUGUCGCAUUUAAAGCCAUCAUCGACGUGUGGCGCAGCGAGCGUCUCAUUAGGCAAAUACCAUUUGCCGAUAGCUCACCGGCAGUCAACAUGCUCGUCGUCGACGUCCUCGAGUGCCCUAGCACCAGCAGAAGUAGUCACUGACAAGCAAAGAGGAGGGGGCGACGAUUCGCCAACGCUAGACUCGGCCACCGUGUCUGGUGGAAUUGCCACUAAGCAGCAGCAGCACUCGCAAGAAGGAGGUGGUGGUGGUGGUGGUCAUCGUUCACGAGUGGAUGCCCAAGCGCAUGCACGUGGUGUCCCUCCUGGUGCUGCUGCCGCUGCCGCAGCUGAUGUGUCCGGCAGCAACUCACAAACGACACCAACCUCGCAUCGUGCAGCAGCAACACCCCCAAAACAACCACCCAAAUCCCUUAGUGUCCUCGGUAAAGUUGCCAAAAAGAAGGAGCUAUUCGAGCUGGAGCAAGAUCACGACUACUCAUCAACGUCCUCAUCCACAUCGCCUAAACCAUCAUGCCAGUCCCCGACGAAGCAGAUUGAAUCUGAGCUCAGAUCGCAGCUUGAACACGAUCAGACACGGCCUACUGAACAGAGCCCAGAUCAUAAAAAUGAACACGAAACAAUGUUUUCGUGCAAUAAGAACAGUAAUAGCAGCAGUAGGACGAGUCCAGCAGCUGAUACAGAUGAAAAUAGCAGUAAUAAUAAUGUACUGUUACCAAGUCAAGAUGUGAAUACAAAUACGAAUAUUGUGAAUAAUAAUAAUAUUAAUAAUAAUAAUAACAAUAAUAAUAAUAGUAAUAAUAAUGGUAAUGGUAACGCAACAGCCACAAAUGGAUUGUAUGAAAGGGUACAGGUACGACGAAGGCCUCAGCAGAAUGAAAACGAUGACGAGAAUGACGAGAAUACGAAUAAAAUGCCAAGACUUCGAAUGACUGAUCGACAGGUACUUGAAGAGCUGAAGCAAAUCGUGAACGACGGUGAUCCAACGGAUCGUUAUGAAUUAAUCGAGAAAAUUGGCGUCGGGUGA